CUCAGACACAGCUCUCAAGAUGUCCUGGACGCAUACAACCUUCCUUGCGCUUGUCGCUGUGCUCCUGUCACUGUCCUUGUCUCAGGAGGUAGACAGUGCAGCUGUCCCCGAUGAUAAGGGCAUUACCAAGGCAACCGACCCGAGAGGUCCACUGAGGGAGAUCUUCAUGCCCGAGGCCGAUGCAGCAAACUUCUUCAGACGCCGCAGCAGAAGAGCUGCGAAGUCUCAGGACGAAAUCGACGCUGAACAGAGGCAGGUGCUGGCUGCAGAUGAGCGGAAGAGAGAGAACCAUGAGGAACAGAGGAAUAAGUUUGAGAACUACGCUGAGGAGGAGCAAGACGAGCAAGACGAGAGGACACGGGAGAGCACCGAGCAGUGGCGAGAGUUCCACUAUGACGGCCUGCAUCCCCCCCAGGAGUACAACCGCCAAUCUACCUGAGAGACAUCACCGCCCUCCUGGAGAACAGUGGUAUUACAGCAGGCAGGACACAGAGGGCCCGCCCCCUACUAUAGACACACCUCUACCUGUAAAAUUCGACUUUUUAUCAUCUCAUGUACACUUUCAUAAAUACAUUGGAAAGACUUUAGGUAGAAGGUGAUCUCUUUUAUAUCUGUCUUAUAAAUAAGCGUUUUAAAGAAACAAAUUAAUGUUAUUCUUCUGUGCUGGUUUGAAAGUUUGCAUGUGUGUUGCAUUUUCGCAUGCUGUGUGACUAUACAAUGAUGUAGAUUUGAACAUAUACUGUACCAGUCAAAAGUUUGGACACACG